ACGUGGGUUUCCUCCUCCAUGGUUGCUAUGGCUGGUUUGUCUCCAUGUCAACGGUAGUUGAAGAAAGUAAGUUUCCUCGCAGCGCGAGAAAGCGUAAGAAAUCCAAAUGGCAGAAACAGGAGAAAGUAAGAAAGAGGAGGCGGACUACAAGAGAUUACACAGCUUUCCUCUCAUUAGGCACACAGACAUGCCAGAGGAGAUGAGAGUCGAAACCAUGGAGCUGUGUGUCACAGCCUGUGAAAAGUAUGCCACCAAUAACGAGAGUGCAGCUAAGAUGAUAAAGGAGUCCAUGGAUAAGAAGUUUGGGAGUUCUUGGCAUGUAGUAAUCGGCGAGGGUUUUGGAUUUGAGGUGACUCACGAAGUAAAGAAUCUAUUGUACAUGUUUUUCGGCGGCAGCCUAGCGGUGUGUGUUUGGAAGUGCUCCUAGCGCUGAUGUCACUCCAGCCACUUUCCUCUUCCUUCACACACUACCUUCUUUUAUAUAUUUAUAUACCUGCGUUCACAGUACUGUUUCAGCUAUGCAGAUCUUUUUCUACUUGACUUUUGUGUGCAUGUGUGUUUAUUGCGUGUGUAUGUCUGAGACAAAAUCUGACAGCAUAAGCCGUUUACAGCUCACCUACUGUACUUUUUUCUGCUUUUUUUUUUACAUAGAAUGCAGGGCAUCAUUCAAAGUAUUGACUAAUAGCUACUAAUAAUUGUCUCAGUGAAAUUGAUGGACCCUGGAAUUAAUUUUACGUCCAACGGAUUUAUCACAUUCUGUUGUGUGCUGUGUAGCAUACUGCUGUAGUAUUCGACCCCAAGGUGAUUUUAAAGUGCAGUUUGUAAUGUGUAAUUGUUUGUCAACCUGUAAUAAUCACAUAACAUCAAGAAUACCUUAGAAAAACUGUGAUUUACAGUAUUGGCAUGGGCUGGAUUGGCUAGUGUCUUUAUCUCAGGCUUUUGUUUACACUUUUCUGGCCCAGAAAUAAGCUCCUCCCCAGCCAGAUCAGAGCUGCUCAGGUCUGCCCAUUAUUUCAUGCCUUAUGAGGCAGCAGAGGGCUCUUAAAAUUACAAACUGCUCCUUUAAGAACAUAUGUCCUGUGUUGUAGUGUAUGAAAGAGAAGCGUGUUUGUCAUUUUCAAAUACCCCUUAUUUUUUUUCCUUUCAUUUUGCCUGCCAGGCAAUCUGUUUUAAAGAAUUUCCUCAAUACUUUUAUGUCUUUUUUUUCCCUACCCAUAUCUCUGACUGUUUUCUUUACUAAACCAGCAUUUCUAUCAUGUGUGCCAUGUUGGUUAAUUUAAAUACAAGUGUAAAUCUUUUUAAAUAAAAAGAAAUGUAAAUUAA